AUGGCCUCAUCUAACACUACUCCCACCCCGGCCAUCACAGCAACAGCCUUGAUGAAAGCAUCUCCCCAUGAUAUAGCCCAGCUGCACGACAUCCACACCCUGCUCAACAACAUCUUCGCGCGCAACCGAAACCAGCACCAACGCAGCACAUGGUGGAAAAGUCUCCACGGAUUCCGCAAGCAAAUCACCCUCCUGCUUCAAGAUCUUCUGCACGGCCCCGCAAAAGAGCGCGAAGGCAAAGUCGAAGCGCGAUUGAGGUUUUGGGAUCGCGGAGCCGUGCAUACGUGGUACUAUCAGUUCAGUCAACUAGUUGCUGUGGGACCGUUCGCCAUGCUUGGCCUCGUUAUGAUGGCGAGUGUAGCUCGCGUAUGCAGAAUUACCGGUAUAACGGCUGUUUACGAGGAAAUCGCUUCAAGCGAUGUCAAAGGUGUUUUGAGCGCGAGUGACGAACUAGCCUUGGCGGAUGAGUUUAGUGGGGCAUUGGACGAGGGGGAGGGGUGGGAUGAAGGCGUUGUUAUCGCGAGAGAGGAGGAGGAUGACGACGAGUAA